AUGGAUGAAAUCUACAAGACAGCCGAAUCGGUUAUAGCAUGGUUGGGCCCUGCAUCUGAGACUUCCUCUGGCGCCCUGGACUUCAUGAAUAUCCUAGCGGAAUCAAGCAGGUCACCCGAGUGUGAUAAUAAUGUUCGUCCGCAUCCGGUUAUUCUUGAACUCAACACCUUCCGCAUGAAUCCAGAUGUAGCAUCUGAGAUCAUGGCUACGCGUGUCGAAACCAAUGUGGACGAAGUUCUCGAACGACUUUGGUUUAGUCGUAUGUGGGUCAUUCAGGAAGUCUUGUUGGUGAAGGAUCUUGUCUUGCAUAUAGGAGAUCACACCGUUCCAUGGACACAGUUUCGACGAGCAAUCAAGAUGUUAUGGGCUGCGGAGCAAUAUGUACCAAGACCAUUCGACGAAGACCAUGAUGGUGGAUCUAUAUACUAUCCUCUAGGUCUAGUAUACGCUCGCGAUCAGUUACAAGCGAACGAUAGCGGAACCACGAUCUUUCAAGACUACACUAUGCAAAUCUAUGUUCGAACAAAGGAUUUCAAGCGAUGGGGUUGCAAAGACGAUCGAGAUCGUGUCUUUGAAAUCUUGGGCUUCAUACCCCAGGAUUUGAGCUUGCGUCUAGAACAACGCCGAAGUCCAGCCGUCAUGGACAUAGUCCAGAGUCUCGUUAUGAAGUAUGCAGAGAAGGUUUUAGAACACGUACCUGACGAUCUUUUCUCCGCCCCUGAGCUAUUCAGUCAUGACCUUCUCCCAUCAUGGGUCCCCGACCUACGCCCCGAUCUCGUCAACCCAACUCACCGCUCCUGGCGCCCGAUGAACUUCCAUGCCGCAAUGAACGGUCCACCCGCCGCAAUCCUGGACAAACAAUGCGCCCAUAUGAUCGCCGUCCGCGGCAAAGUCUUCGACAAAAUCACGCAAACCAUUCCAACCCCAACAUCAUCACCAGAAAAACGCAUGACGCACAAAGAAACCCUCGUUCACAUCAUACGCAUCUGGUACGCCACAAAAGCAUUCUACGCCGCCCAAGGAAACCAAUACCCUGUUCUCUCCGAAUCUACCCAAAAUCACGAUGCUAUCUUCGACAACCUCAUCACCGCGUCCAACACAAAUUCCAGCCUCGUAUCCCUUAUGUCUUCCAACCCCCCGGGCUUCGUUCCUAAGAUCCUCGUCUUCCUAAAAGAGGUGUCGGACCGCGGUACAACUGCCCUCCACGAGCAUUAUGCCUCGCCUAACCCCUCACCCACUGCAGCCGAGACCGCGAGUUUCGUCAUGACAGUCUCUAGGCUUUUCAGUGCGGAUCAAGUUAUCUUUACGGAGACCGGAUUCGUGGCGUUGGCACCGCAUGGAGCGAGAGAGGGAAGUAGGGUAGCGUGGGUGAAUGGGCUGCAAAGUUUCCUGGUGGUGAGGGAGAUGCUGGGAAGAGGGGGCUUAUUUGAGGUUGUAGGACCGGGAUUCUUGGUGGGGGCGAUGGAGGGGAGAUCUUUGGGAAGGAAGAUGAAUGGGAGGGAUGGUGGGGUGGGGAGGAGAUGA